GGUCUUGCGGUGGUGAUGGUCCCUGGAUCCAGGACUCCUUGUCAGAAGGAGCUGAGCCUGCCACGCCGGGGCCGCGGUCUGUCCCCGAGCAGCCAGAGCCCGGCGCUGCUUAGCCCCAGCAGCCCCUGCAGCCCCUGCAGCCCUUCGCUGGGCGUGCACCUCUGGAGCUGCCGCAGCGGAAACCGCAAAAGCUUGGUGGUGGGGACGCCGUCUCCAACCCUUUCCCGGCCCCUGUCGCCGCUGUCCAUCCCAACCGCAGGCAGCAGCCCCUUGGACAGCCCACGGAACUUCUCAGCUGCGGCUGCCAUUAACUUCCCCUUCGCCCGGAGGGCUGAUGGCAGAAGAUGGUCCCUGGCGUCCCUCCCGUCUUCCGGCUAUGGAACCAACACACCCAGUUCCACCAUCUCGUCGAGCUCAUCCUCCCGGGAGCGUCUCCAUCAGCUUCCCUUCCAGCCGACGCCGGACGAGCUGCGCUUCCUGUCCAAGCAUUUCCGCAGCUCGGAGAGCGUGGUGGACGAGGAGGGUGGCCGCUCGCCCCGCCUGCGGCCCCGCUCUCGCAGCCUCAGCCCGGGCCGCGCCACUGGCAGCUUCGAUAACGAGAUCGUGAUGAUGAACCACGUGUACCGGGAACGGUUCCCCAAGGCCACAGCCCAGAUGGAGGGCCGGCUGCAGGAAUUCCUGGCCGCCUACGCGCCCGGCGCCCGGCUAGCUCUGGCCGACGGCGUCCUGGGCUUCAUCCAUCACCAGAUCGUGGAGCUGGCCCGGGACUGCCUGGCCAAGUCCGGUGAGGCGCUGGUCACCUCGCGUUACUUCCUGGAGAUGCAGGAGAAGCUGGAGCGGCUGCUGCAGGACGCUCAUGAGCGCUCUGACAGCGAGGAGGUGGGCUUCGUGAUCCAGCUCGUUCGGAAGUUGCUCAUCAUCAUCGCGCGGCCCGCGCGGCUCCUCGAAUGCCUGGAGUUCGACCCGGAGGAGUUCUACCACUUGCUGGAGGCGGCCGAGGGCCAGGCACGUGAGGGCCAGGGCAUCAAGACCGACCUGCCGCGGUACAUCAUUGGGCAGCUGGGCCUGGCCAAGGACCCUCUGGAGGAGAUUGUGCCUCUGAGCGACAUUGGUGAAGGACAGGCCCCUGCACCUGAGUCACCAGAGAACCGCGCCCUGGGCGGCCCGUCACGGAGAAAGCCCUGUGAGAGAGACUUUGAGACCAUCAAGCUCAUCAGCAACGGGGCCUAUGGGGCCGUGUACCUGGUGCGGCACCGCGACACGCGGCAGCGCUUCGCCAUCAAGAAGAUCAACAAGCAGAACCUGAUGCUGCGGAACCAGAUCCAGCAGGUGUUCGUGGAGCGGGACAUCCUCACCUUCGCGGAGAACCCCUUCGUGGUCAGCAUGUUCUGCUCCUUCGAGACGCGGCGCCACCUGUGCAUGGUCAUGGAGUACGUGGAAGGUACUGCCCCGCGGGCCCCAGGUGGGGUGGGGUGGCCGUGUGCAGAAGGGGCCGUGCGGCCCCUGCCGGCCUGGGGAAGAUCCAGCAGCAUGUUCUGCUCCUUCGAGACGCGGCGCCACCUGUGCAUGGUCAUGGAGUACGUGGAAGGUACUGCCCCGCGGGCCCCAGUGUCCCGCCUGCCCACUGCCCGCAGCCUGCUCAUCACCUCGCUGGGACACAUCAAGCUGACAGACUUCGGGCUGUCCAAGAUUGGGCUCAUGAGCAUGGCCACCAACCUGUACGAGGGCCACAUCGAGAAGGAUGCACAUGAGUUCGUGGACAAGCAGGUGUGCGGGACUCCCGAGUACAUCGCCCCCGAGGUGAUCUUCCGCCAGGGCUACGGGAAGCCGGUGGACUGGUGGGCCAUGGGCGUCACCCUCUACGAGUUCCUGGUGGGCUGUGUGCCCUUCUUCGGGGACACACCGGAGGAGCUGUUUGGGCAGGUGGUCAGUGACGAGAUCAUGUGGCCAGAAGGGGAAGAGGCGCUUCCAGCUGACGCCCAAGACCUCAUCACCAGGCUGCUGCGCCAGAGUCCCAUGGAGCGUCUGGGCACAGGUGGCACCCAUGAGGUCAAACAGCACCCCUUCUUCCUGGGCCUGGACUGGGCGGGGCUCCUGCGACACAAGGCGGAGUUCGUGCCGCAGCUGGAGGCUGAGGACGACACCAGCUACUUCGACACACGCUCGGAACGCUACCGCCACCUGGGCUCCGAGGACGAUGAGACCAACGACGAGGAGUCCUCCACGGAGAUCCCACAGUUUUCCUCGUGCUCACACCGCUUCAGCAAGGUCUACAGCAGCUCUGAGUUCCUGGCUGUGCAGCCGACCCCCACCUUUGCCGAAAGGAGCUGCAGUGUGGACCGGGAGGAAGGGUGGGAGCGCAGCAGUGACGGGGACAGUGGCCGCCAGCUGAGCACUGAGGUCCGACUUCGAUCCUGGACCUCCUCUGGAUCCUCCUGUCACUUGUCAUCAUGUCAGCCUGAGCGGGGCCCCAGCCCAUCACUCCUGAGCAACAUCAGCCUAGACACAAUGCCCAAGUUCGCCUUCUCAUCGGAAGAUGAGGGAGCAGGCCCAGCCCCUGUGGACCCCAAAAAGCCUGUCUUCAUUCUGGGAGAGCCUGAUCCCCCUCCGCCAACCACCCCAGUAACACCCAAACCCUCAAGCCUUUCUGCCGACACGGCAGCCCUUAGCCACGUGCGGCUUCGGAGCAACAGCACAGGUGCCCGGCACUCCACACCCUGGGCCCUGGACGCUGGCCGCGGCCGCCGCCUCGGGCCAACCAGAGACCUUGCCGGAGACAAGACCAAGGCCAGCCCCGGUGGGGGCAGCAGCGGCGGCGGGGGACGGGUGCCCAAGUCAGCAUCGGUGUCAGCCCUGUCCCUCAUCAUCACCGCAGACGAUGGCAGUGGCGGCCCCCUCAUGAGCCCCCUGUCCCCGCGCUCGCUGUCCUCAAACCCGUCUUCCCGAGACUCCUCGCCAAGCCGGGACCCGUCGCCGGUGUGCAGCAGCCUGCGGCCCCCCUUAGUCAUCCACAGCUCGGGCAAGAAGUAUGGCUUCAGCCUGCGUGCCAUCCGCGUCUACAUGGGCGACAGCAACGUCUACACCGUGCACCACGUGGUCUGGGGCGUGGAGGAGGGGAGCCCCGCCCAGGAGGCCGGGCUGCGCACUGGGGACCUCAUCACGCACAUCAACGGGGAGUCCGUGCUGGGCCUGGUGCACAGGGACGUCGUGGAGCUGCUGCUGAAGAGCGGCAAUAAGAUCUCCCUGCGGACCACGGCACUGGAGAACACGUCCAUCAGGGUGGGCCCGGCACGCAAGGACGCGGCAAAGGGGCGCAUGGCGCGGAUUACAUGA